UGUUGUCCCUCGCUGUAAAGUGACGUUAGUGGAUAAAGGAAGAGAAUAGAAGUCCAAAAUUUUUCUCAGGACAAUAGCACGCACGACCAAAACAUCAGCACACGGUCUUAUUAAGCAAUAAAGUAUAUGAAACUGCCUUGUGGCGUACGAACAGCACGUCAGGUCGAUUCAGUGACGCUGGACACCAGUUUGUUGUUGUACCGACCCAGAAACGACCCACCAUUAAGUGAUGCUGUCACCAGGAAGUCCUUCCAAAUGGCAAGCGCAAGAUUCCCUCUCCUCAACCCCCAGUCUCCUGUACAGCGAGAGUGACCAGACAGAGGACGAAUCGGAGGUCUUCUCCUCUGAGAGUGAGGCUGCAGGAGUCGUGCCUGGUCCAAAGCCAUGCUCCUUGGCCAAUGAGAGCUCUCAGAAUUCAAAAUCACCUCCCACCUUUGUGAACCAGAGGAGCGGUAGAGCUGAAAAUGGUCAAACUGGAUGUUCCUCAGCAUCUCCGGCCUACACCGGUCAAACUACAACUUCAUCUGAAAGGAUUCCCACAGAGGGCGACCUCAAGUUUGCACGCAAAUGUGCAGAGCUGCACGGGUACAUCAGACCCCUGUUGGAGCUGUUGAAGGGGCUGAAAACAGGUCGAUACGAUAAAGGUUUAAGCACUUUUCAACAGAGCGUUGCCAUUGAUAGACUGCGAAGGAUUGUGGGAGUUCUACAAAAACCUAACCUUGGGGAGAAAUAUAUGGGCACUCUUCUGCAGCUGGAGAUGAUGUUAAAGGUUUGGUUCCCUCAAGUGAGGCCUCAGCCUCGCGAUGACACUUCUUCACUCCACAGCCUGCCUUCACGAUGGAACCAAGACCAGUUACAUAUUCCCGUGAAGAAACGCAGAUUAAGUUGGUCCGACUCUGACUCGCAAGGAUCUUCAAGCAGCAAACGCUUUCAAGAGGACGAUCGAGGCCCGAGCCCCAGCGAUAGCAGCUCGUGGCUCAGCAGCUCCGAUACCGCAUCUAGCGAACUUGAAGAAGACAGUCCGAUUUGUACGAAUCAAAAUACUAUGACACCUCAACCCAAACUCUUUAAAAAUGCCAAUCUUUUUGUCAGGCAAAAGACAAACUCAUUAAACAAAACCCCUGUGACGGCAACAGGGAGACCUCCUCCGCUUGUAAUACCACCGUCGGUCAGAGAUGGCAGCAGCUUGGGCAUGCAGGACUGUUCGGUGUCCUCCACUACUCCUACUUCCGACCCACCAGCAGACUUGGUGAUGAGUGGGAACGAUGCGGGUGAACCUGUAAAAGGAGAAGGGCCGAAAAAACAGGUUAACACUUUAAUGUUAAACACAUAGCAUUUUGAAGUUUUUCAUGUUGAAUGGUUGAACCAUUCCCCCAGCCUGUUGAUAUUGGGAACUCAUCGUUUUUCACAAAAUCUGAUUUUGCAUUUUGCCACAUACAUGUACAGAACAGACGUAAUCGUAUGUACAAUAUGACAUAGGAUUUGUGUUUUUACGGUUAUGGAUUGAAGAAGUGAGAAGUGUCUUAAAAUACUUGCGCGAGCCGUUAUAGUCAAGCGGCGAAACAUGCACAGCUAUCAAACACUCUACUGCACUGCCUUCCAUGAUAAACACAGACUUCCAACAAUAUCUGCCGCUUUUUGAACACAAAACCAGCCAGAUAUCAGCAGAGGAUGGUCUGGUAAAACGUCCAGAAGUGUGACUGCGAUCGCAAUCUACCUUAAUGUCCUUUGACUUGAAUUGAAAACCACUUUGAGCAUUGGAUGAAAUGGAAAUGCAUUAUAUGGGAGGAUAUUUUAGAGGCAGUUUUAUUUAUUGCAUUAUUACUUGAAGAUACUGAAUUCACUAAAGCAGCCUUAAAGAGUCAGUACAAACGGGCCGUGGUCCAUUAUCAUAGCUCAGUGUUUUAUAUUUAUUAAGUGACGGAAAGAAUAAUCCCAAGAAACACCAGAUGGGAUGUGUCGUGAAGUGUUAUACUAUAAUCUGGAGAGCAAAAUGUUCUUGCCAAAAACAGUUUGCACAUUUAUGUUGUUCUGCUUCCAUGUACUAAUAGUUCAUUUUGUCAUAGAUAUCUUGGUUUUCGUUAUUGUAAAUUGCACAAUUGUUUUCUUUUACUCACCUUUUUUCCAUUUAGAAUUUGUGAAUCUGAACAUUGUGGCUAUUAACCAUUUUCUAAGACUAACAUGUUCAAGCUAUAAUGAUGAGAUGUGGCAUGUCACACACUGUAAAGGUCACCUUGAGGAGGACGAGACUUUUAUUUAGCUAUUUGUAGAAUAUACUCUGAUAUUAGAGAUGCAGUAUUUGAUAGUCGCUUCAUUAAGGAUGAGCAGAACUUUGUGGGUAUGUUGACUGAGACGCAUGUAGUCACGUCCUUGUGCUACUGUACGAGUAUCGUGUGAAAAAUACAUGUAGGUGUAUUGUUGGUAUUAUACUAGAGAUGAUACGAUAAGGGAAAAGUGCACAUGAAGAUGUAUUGUGAUUAAUAUUUAAUGGCACUUAACAGCUUCAUGUGAUUUGUGAAGGUAGCAUUUUGAGGAAGAUGUUUUUAUUACUAUUAUUAUUUGUUUCAGAAACGUCAGCCGUUGUAGCACCACUGUUAUUUUCUAUUCAUUAUUCAAAACCAUUUUUCUUGUAAGUCAUUUCUGUUCUUGUAUCAAAGUUUUUGUCAAGGUUGCUGAAAUGUUUUUCAACAUGCUCCACUUUUUGAUAUCAAUAAAUGUUUCCAAGUUUCUUAUA